GCCACUUCCCUGACAGGCGACCACCCGCGGAGGCGCGCGCGCUAGGCCUCCCACCGCGCCUGCGCUGAGGAUGGACACUAGCUCGCCUUUCCCCGACGCCCAGCCGUCUGGGCUGGGGUGAAAAACUGCGUGACACGCAGUGAGCGUGGCGGCCAUCUUCGUCUUUUGGGCACGUCAGCUGAGCCGGUUAGGGCUGAAGAGGAGCGUUGCGCAAGCGCACCCAAGACGGUCACAGGUAACUCCCAUCUGACGAGCGAGGCGUCGCCGUCGUCGCCGGAAGUUUGGUGUUUGCGCCGCGGGGGAGGCGGCGGCCGCAGCAGAAGCAGCUGAGUGUCUCCUGAUACCCGGAUGUGAGGCGAUCCGCUGGCUCUAGUCUGACCCUCCGCCAGGCAAAAGGAAAGUACGCGAGCGUCCCUGACGGUCCCCGCCACCUGUGUCUUCACCUCUCUUUUGCCAGCCCCUCCAGGGAGCGGACAGUUCUCCCUCUUCCUGUUCCACCCUCGGUGGCGUGUUGCCUCGCACGCCCCUUCCUACUGCUUCGGUCCCAGCUCUUCGCGCCCCUGGGAGGGAGGCGGGAGGCUCUAGGCUCCAAGACGCCGUCGCUUGAGAUUGUCUUUGGCUAUAGAGUUUUUUUUUUAAAGAUUACUAAACAUACAGGAAGUGAUAAGAAGUAUCAUUCAUCAGAAGCAUCAUUCAUCAAUCAACUUGAAGAAAAAGGUGAUAUAUUAUUUCUUUAAGGUGCUGUGUGAUGUGUUAAGAGCAUAUUAUAAGGAAUGGUUUUGUCUAAUUUUCAUGAGUUAUGGUGGCUGAGACAUCGAGUCUAUAUUUUGGGGCAAAAACUAAAUGGCAGCACAAAAGGAAAUCUAUAUUAAUAGAAUAUUUUGUUGAACAAAGGAGGUUAGAUAAGAACUGCAAACCAACAGACUCAGCAAACAAGGAAAGAAACGUGUUAGCCAUAAGACAUGUUUCAAGUGAAUCGAAGUCCAAUAACUGUAGACUUCAGAAGAAAAAAGUUUUCAAAAAUUUUAUCAAAACAGGUCACUGAUAAAUAACUCCUCCAGUAAUAGAGCUAGGCCUGAAACCAAAAUUAAUUAAAAAAUCAACAAAACAGAUUGAACCUGAAUUAAAUUUCUUUUGAUAAAAAAACUUGUUAAAAAUAAUCAAAAUUUUCCUCAAAUUUUUAUUACCUUGUCCAAAGUAAAGCAAGUGUCUUUUAGCAUUCAUGCCAGCUUUUCUCAUGUUCUAGGAAUGACAGAAACCUUACUUGAAGCAAACUAGUAUUUUUGUUGAAAAUGUAUAUCAGCAUCAGUUAAAGUUGAUUUUUCAGACCUGCUCCUCGGUAAUAAUACUAGCUAAUCAGCAUUCACGCCUACCAGGACACAAAAAUCCUCUUCAAAACUACUCAGAAAAGAAAGUCAUUACUCAGGAAUGAUGUCCAUUCAGGAGAAAUCAAAAGAGAAUUCCUCCAAAGUUACUAAAAAAAGUGAAGAUAAGAAUUCAGAAACAGAAAUUCAGGAUUCUCAAAAGAAUCUAGCAAAAAAAUCAGGUCCAAAGGAGACUAUAAAAUCACAGGCUAAAUCUUCCAGUGAAAGUAAAAUAAAUCAGCCAGAAUUGGAAACACGCAUGAGUACAAGGUCAUCAAAGGCAGCAUCUAAUGAUAAAGCUACUAAAUCCAUUAAUAAAAAUACGGUGACUGUGAGGGGAUAUUCACAAGAAUCUACAAAAAAGAAAUUAUCUCAGAAAAAAUUAGUACAUGAAAACCCUAAAGCAAAUGAACAGCUUAACCGGAGAUCACAAAGGCUACAACAAUUAACAGAGGUUUCAAGAAGGUCGUUACGCAGUAGAGAAAUUCAGGGUCAAGUUCAAGCAGUUAAACAGAGUUUGCCACCAACUAAAAAAGAGCAGUGUAGCAGUACUCAGAGUAAAUCUAAUAAAACAAGUCAAAAACAUGUGAAGAGAAAAGUACUGGAAGUAAAGUCUGACUCUAAAGAAGAUGAAAAUCUAGUAAUUAAUGAAGUAAUAAAUUCUCCCAAAGGGAAAAAACGCAAGGUAGAACAUCAGACAGCUUGUGCUUGUAGUUCUCAAUGCAUACAAGGAUCUGAAAAGUGUCCUCAGAAGACUACUAGAAGAGACGAAACGAAACCUGUGCCUGUAACUUCUGAGGUGAAAAGAUCAAAAAUGGCUACUUCAGUGGUCCCGAAAAAGAAUGAGAUGAAGAAGUCGGUUCAUACACAAGUGAAUACUAACACAACACUCCCAAAAAGUCCACAGCCAUCAGUGCCUGAACAAAGUGAUAAUGAGCUGGAGCAAGCAGGAAAGAGCAAACGAGGUAGUAUUCUCCAGCUCUGUGAAGAAAUUGCUGGUGAAAUUGAGUCAGAUAAUGUAGAGGUAAAAAAGGAAUCUUCACAAAUGGAAAGUGUAAAGGAAGAAAAGCCCACAGAAAUAAAAUUGGAAGAGACCAGUGUUGAAAGACAAAUACUUCAUCAGAAGGAAACAAAUCAGGAUGUGCAAUGUAAUCGUUUUUUCCCAAGUAGAAAAACAAAGCCUGUGAAAUGUAUACUAAAUGGAAUAAACAGCUCAGCCAAGAAGAACUCCAACUGGACUAAAAUUAAACUCUCAAAAUUUAACUCUGUGCAGCACAAUAAGUUGGACUCUCAAGUUUCCCCUAAAUUAGGCUUAUUACGAACCAGUUUUUCACCACCAGCUUUAGAAAUGCAUCAUCCAGUGACUCAAAGUACAUUUUUAGGGACAAAGCCACAUGAUAGAAAUAUAACUUGCCAGCAGGAAAAAAUGAAAGAAAUUAAUUCUGAAGAAGUGAAAAUUAAUGAUAUUACAGUAGAAAUUAAUAAAACCACAGAAAGGGCUCCUGAAAAUUGUCAUUUGGCCAAUGAGAUAAAACCUUCUGACCCACCAUUGGAUAAUCAGAUGAAACAUUCUUUUGAUUCAGCAUCAAAUAAGAAUUUCAGCCAAUGUUUGGAAUCCAAGCUAGAAAACAGUCCAGUGGAAAAUGUUACUGCAGUUUCGACUCUGCUCAGUCAAGCAAAAAUUGAUACAGGAGAGAAUAAAUUUCCAGGUUCACCUCCCCAACAGCAUAGUAUUCUCAGUAACCAGACAUCUAAAAGCAGUGAUAACAGGGAGACACCACGAAAUCAUUCUUUGCCUAAGUGUAAUUCCCAUUUGGAGAUAACAAUUCCAAAGGACUUGAAACUAAAAGAAGCAGAGAAAACUGAUGAAAAACAGUUGAUUAUAGAUGCAGGACAAAAAAGAUUUGGAGCAGUUUCUUGUAAUGUUUGUGGAAUGCUGUAUACAGCUUCAAAUCCAGAAGAUGAAACACAGCAUCUGCUUUUCCACAACCAGUUUAUAAGUGCUGUUAAAUAUGUGGGCUGGAAGAAAGAAAGAAUUCUGGCUGAAUACCCUGAUGGCAGGAUAAUAAUGGUUCUUCCUGAAGACCCAAAGUAUGCCCUGAAAAAGGUUGACGAGAUUAGAGAGAUGGUUGACAAUGAUUUAGGUUUUCAGCAGGCUCCACUAAUGUGCUAUUCCAGAACUAAAACACUUCUCUUCAUUUCCAAUGACAAAAAAGUAGUUGGCUGCCUAAUUGCGGAACAUAUCCAAUGGGGCUAUAGAGUUAUAGAAGAGAAACUUCCAGUUAUCAGGUCAGAAGAAGAAAAAGUCAGAUUUGAAAGGCAAAAAGCCUGGUGCUGCUCAACAUUACCAGAGCCUGCAAUCUGCGGGAUCAGUCGAAUAUGGGUAUUCAGCAUGAUGCGUCGGAAGAAAAUUGCUUCUCGCAUGAUUGAAUGCCUAAGGAGUAACUUUAUAUAUGGCUCAUAUUUGAGCAAAGAAGAAAUUGCUUUCUCAGAUCCCACUCCUGAUGGAAAGCUGUUUGCAACACAGUACUGUGGCACUGGUCAGUUUCUGGUAUAUAAUUUUAUUAAUGGACAGAAUAGCACAUAAAACAAAUUCUUGCCUACACCACUAGAAGACAUCUAUUGAAGAGAAUGGAUUGGUUGCUGACUUUAACCAGGAACUAGGGCCAUUUUUAUUACAAUGAACUCAGGACUGGCAACAACCAUAUGGUUGUUCCAUUUUCAUAAAAUUGGAAACAAUGCAGUAAUAGCUUAUUGUUUUGUUUUUUAAAGAAGAUAUUUUAUUAUCUUUUACAGAAAUUUAUGAUUGAUGUAUUUUAUCUAUAGUUAUUUAGACAUGUUUACAUGCAGCAGAUAAUUGUUCAUAGUGGACUGAAAACUAAUGCAAGGACUAUGGUCUCAGUGAUAAGUAUAUUUUGAAGUUCUUAAUAUGGAAAUAUACCAGUGUAGCUUGGUACUGUAUUUUUUUAUAUUGAUCUGCUGAUACCAGUGAUAGGCUUAAAGAUUGUAUUUUCACAGAGUGGAAACCAGUUUUUUUUAGUUGUUGUUCAAGGAGGGUGCAAUAUUAAGUGUUUUGGAAUUUGAAGCUAAUUUUUAAAAGGCCUGAACUAUACUUUGAAGAAACCCCUAUAGAAAAGGAAAGCUCCAGCUAAAUAGGAAGAAUUAGAAUAUUGAGCUUUUUUUUCCUGAUUUUUCUCUUUCCUAUCUUUGAUGGAAGGAGGAAGUAGAAAGUGGUAAAGAAUUGAGGCUUUCCUUCUUGGAGAGCUGUAAAUGACAAGCAUUAGGAAAGGUACCCUCCUAGAUUCAUUAUUCUUUCAUUCUGGUUUCACUUUUAAAAUAAAUGGCAACUUGGCACACCUAGGCUGUUAACAAAGAGGUUUAUAAAAACGUAUAGAAUACUUGGAAGCAAAGUAUGGAUGACUCGGUAUCUGCUUUGUUAUUCCUCAGAAAUACUGCACUGAGUAUAUGCCCUCAUUACUGGACUUCAUUUUGAUACUUGUCUAUCCUUCAUAGUGCCCUCUACUUUUAAAGGGUUUAUAUGUUGAAAAACUGCUGUGGCCUUUUAUGACCUGUAUAUAAUGUAGAAUAAAAAUAAUAAAAUACUUGAUAGCUUUUUCUAAGUGACCAAUGUACUAACUGAGAAUAA